AUGGCUGAUCAAGACUCAAUCGUUGCAGCCCUCCGGCAGUACACGACCUGUGAUGUUUCGGAUGCCUUGAUGAAACUCAAGCACCCGCAUGGCGGGUUCUUACCAGGGCUCACAAUGUGGUCACCCGAAAGGCAAGGUGAGGCCAAAUUGGCUGGCCCAGCAUAUACUGUGAAGUAUGUCCGCAAAAACUAUGAAAAUGAGCCCAAGCCUGCGAGUCACUAUAUCGAUACAAUUCCCAAAGGCGCAGUGGUCUUCGUGUCAUCUCCUCCAGGAAUCGUCAAUGCCGUUUAUGGUGGCUUGAUGAGUACAAGAGCUCAAGCCUCAGGCGCUGCGGGGACGGUAGUCGAUGGAAGGAUUCGUGAUGUCCAAGAACACCGAAAGCUAGGUUAUCCAGUCUUUGCCCGUGAUGUUGGAACGACCGCGCCCUAUGAGGUUGUGCGUGUGAGUGAGAUUAACGUGCCUCUCAGGCUUUACGAUGAUACCAUUGACGCUGUGGUGGAACCUGGCGAUUAUAUCGUGGGUGAUAUCAACGGUGUUGUAUGCCUUCCGAAAGCUAUGGCGAAGAAGGUGUUGGAGCUCAUUCCGGCACAGCUAGAGGCAGAUCAACGUGUCGCAGAGGACCUGAAAAAUGGAGUCACUUUUGCUGAAGCCAGCACCAAGCAUCGCGGGGUCAAAAGAUGA